UGUUUGAAAUUUUUUUUAUUUAUUUAUUGCACUCGGCAUAUUUUCAAUGGAGCCGACUCGGCAUAGAUAUUUUAGUAUCGCAGCGAAAUAUAAUGGUAACUCAGUGGAGGACUUAGAGCUUACCAUUCAGAAAUAUGGGACCGAUGUAGUUCGCAUACAGUUAUUAAACCGUAUACAUGGUCAACAAUGUGCAAUUCAAUUUAAGCGAUUAUUUGUACUAUUAGGCUUGGCGAUUGUAUAUUUCGCCCUUGCUCUGACAGUGAGCCAAGGGCCUGCCAGAUUAGGGCAGGCUCACAUUCUAUACCCCACCUUACUAUGGCUAGCCAUGUCCGUUUUAAUAUUGCGCUCCGCUCUCCAGUUGGUACACUCUGAGAAGCUCUUCUACAGCUGGGACAUGGCUCUGCAAACGGAAACAGUUCGAACUUUUGGACGUAAAUCGGUGCUCUGCGUGCAACGCGGACAUCUGCAUGACAUGGUUCUCAACGAGGUCAUAGAGGAUUUAGACAUAAAAUAUGUUCUCAUAUUGCGUACAAAAGGCAGCAUAUUUAAAGAGCGCCCCAUAAUACCCCUAUUCAAUAGUCUUUCGCCGUCCUUCGAGUGCCUGCAGCAUAUUCAACACAUUUUACAUGGCUAUUGGCUCAAUAACAAUAAGAAUAAAUCGGAUCAGUCUUGCAAAAAAGAUCUACCCUCUUCGGCGGCAUCGUACAGCUCCAUCAGUUUAUCCAACUAUAAUUAAAACAUAUUCCCUAAUUUAAU